CGGCCUUGGUUUCAGAACCAUAGUACAGCCCUAGUUUACGGCAUAUGAACAACAGUACAUGCACUUAGUUUAGUAACUUAGCCAUCAUACGCGGCUUCCUCACACGCAGACUACUCAAAACAGAGAAGGUCAAACACCUGCGCCAGACCAUCGUGGAUACACAGGAGUUCAUCCGGUCAUUCCAGACUGAAGCUCCACAGAAGAGAGCCACCUUCUCAGCACAAGAUCGCUCCCUGCAGGAGAGAGUUAGAGCCCAGCCCUUUACGACAUCCAUGACAUCUUCUUUGAAAUGCCUCUGGGGGAUCGAUUAGCAUUGCUGCAGCAGGACAGGGAGCUCCGAGCAGAGAGGAAGCUACGAGACAUGGAGAAAGCCAAGGGCCCCAAGGAGAGAGUGGUUCUGUCUGCUGCUACACAGAGGACUCUGGACAGGAAAAAGAGAGUCCUGAAGCCAAGCCAAGGCCAAAAUUCUCCUGUUCCAGGCCAGUUGAACCGCCAGGGGAGCUGGUACAGAAAAACCCCAGAGGAGAGAGUGAGGCGCACAGAAAACCUGAAGAAGCAGCACUCUCUGGGGCAACUGGUGACUCGCCAUCCAUUGACCUUUGAACUUGAAUUUUUAGUCUUUUAAUACAAACCUUUCACCACUGAAACUCCAGUCAGCGCUGCUAAUAUUAUGAUUGUCUUUAAGCUACCUUCUGAAAUUCAAAUGAUUGUAUUUACUACCACACAGCUCAUUGAUUUACACCAUCAUAAUGCCAUUGUUUUUUAAUGUUGUAUCUUUUAGUUGCAACAACUGAUACAGAAAAGUCAUAUGUAGCAUGAUACUUUGUGUGGAGGGUCAGAGUUAAAGAGAAA